GGAUGAUGUAGGGCAGCCAUUUGUGAAUCGUGACUCGAAGAAAUUGGACGCCAAGCCACCAAACCAAGCCACUUAAGCCUAUAUAUAAGUGUUUCAGCAAGUGGCGUCGCUUCACUUUCGAACUCGGUGCAUCACAGUUCGGGCACGUAACGCGCGUCUAAGUGCAUAAUCGGUUUAUUUUUGCUCAUUCACCGCAUCUCAACAAAACUAGUUUGUUUCAUCAGCCAACAUUUCGUCAGCGAGCAGUGACUAAGUGUGUUUUAAACAGUUUUUGGUGUAAUUUGUACAAUACAAUGGAGAGUGCGUUUGAGCAUCUGACGAAGUUGAAGAUCAGCGUCUCGGUCGCUGAUGCCGCGUCCUCGGAGGCUUUCGUGCUGUUUAAGGCCGAUAUUCCGGCCAAUUUCGGCUGCCUCGUCAACCUGGUUGAAGAACGCUUUUUGGAGUUAAAAACCUCCAACAAGGGUUGGAAGUACUUCUGGAUUGAUGAGGACGGUGACGAAAUCGUCAUCGCGCAUGAUGGAGAAUAUCGCGGCUAUUUGAAGUCGAUCGACACCACGCCGGCCGUGGCCCGUAUCCAUGUUCGCGUCUCGGAGCAACCGACCGAGAAGACGGCCAAGCGAACGGAGGAAGCGAUGACGGCACCCAAGCCCGAUGAUCGUCCCGUGCAUAGUCGCGUCGUGUGCGACGUUUGCGAUACCAUAAUCAUUGGGCAUCGUUACAAAUGCAUGACCUGCGAUGAUUAUGAUCUUUGCAUGCGCUGCGAAGGGAAUUACCGCCACAAAGAACACAUCAUGGUGCGUCUCCCCACGCCGGACAUUCACGACGGGCAUCGAGCCUAUCGUAUAUUUGAAAAAUUCCGAGGCUUAGUCGGUAAAAUGACGCCGCUGUUGAUGGUCGCCGAUGAGUUCGUGGCGGGCGAGUGCGAACCGGACGACCAGGGGCCAGCUCAAGCGGCCUGCGAACGGGCAGAAUGCAACGUCGAGAAGCGCCCAGCAUCCAAACGCUCGUCGCAUGGCAAGCGAAGCACCGAGACGCGUUCGGCUGGACGUGAGACGAAAGACUCGAAGAACGAGAAGUCGCCUUCGUCGUCGUCGACCAAGAAGCGUGAAGCAAAGGCCGAAGAUCGCGAACGAACCCGUGAGCAACGUUCAUCGGGCCAUGCCCAAUCCGCGGAACCACCACUCGCCGGUCACGGGGGAGCUUCUUCCAACGGCCCAUUUGCGGAUUCAUCACUCCGCUACCCACGUGCCUACCGAGAAGCUGCCGACUGGGCAGCUGCUUUGAAUUGCCCAUACCCGACCAUGGACGAAUACCCGGAAACUUGCUAUCCCGCACGUUUUAUGCCCUUCGUUCCUCCGCAAGUUUCUUCCAACACGAAGAACUUUCAACCACUACCACCCUACCAUCCGUUUUACUAUGGCAAUCCAAAUUACGCAGCCAUGUUCGAGCCGUACGUGUGUGAGGGCCCCAAACAAGCCCACACGGCUCAGGCCGCCGGACCGUCGGGUCAGCCACCACAACCGGAGAAUCCGGCAAACGUUCGUGCGCAGCGUCCUCGCUCGGAAACGGAACCGCGACCGGAACGUCCGGCUCGUUCGGACAGCGGGAUCCCGGAGUCGGGAACCGGCGGCCGCAACCGCGCUGCGCCACUGUUUAACGUACCCGAGUUUCUCAAGAACUACGUGACGCCCAAUGACUAUGUGACCGGUGUUCAGCAAAUCGCCGAAACAUUUGCCAAAAUUUUCGAUCCCCUCGGUAUGACACUUGACAUUCGCCCGAAACCUGCUCAGACCGCAUCGGCUCGGGCGGCACCCACUACACCCGCUGCUGGUAGUGAGCCCGCAACUCCGCCCAAGCCGGCCCAAACGCAAACACCGGUCGAAGCGAAGCAGGAUAAAACGACCGAAACAAUGGUGACGUCGAGCUCAACGGUCCACAUUCAAACGGUGCCGGAGCAGAAGCAACAACGGAGCAAGGAGAUGGUGAGUGUUGCUGAGGAAGCGGUCCCCAGUGUGUCUGGGACAGCCAAAGCGCCGCCACCGCAGGAUGUCGCUGGGGAUGAAACCGAUGAGGAUUCUGUCGGAUCAUGGGACAACAUUGACGGGCAGGAAGUUGCGCACGGCGACGAUGACACUUGCGAAUGUGAAGCUCUGGACAAAUUAUCUGAAAGCAUUCGCGAAGCAGCAGAGCAGAUGGCCAACUCCGAGGGAUUCUCGAAGAAGGAUUCCGCCAAGAAAUCGCCAACCAUCGAAGACGCUCUCGAUGACGAUGAUGAGAAGGUUGCGACCACCGCCGUGAAGCCACCGAACAACCCGGACCCAUCGCACAUUUACAGCGCUCGGCCGCACGUCAAUCAUGCCAUCCACACGAUGAUGACGAUGGGGUUCAGCAACGACGACGGGUGGUUGACGCGUCUGCUCGAAACCCUGAACGGUGACGUUCCGAAGGCUCUCGACAUGCUGCUGCAGCAAACGCCUCGUUCCUAAGCUCACGAUAUGAUACGACAAAUUUGACUGUUUUUUUUAUCAAUUAUUUUCUAAACUAACCGUUUGCUGUGUUUGCGUGCCUUUUCGCUCAUGUUUGUUUAACAAUCAUAUUUUUUAACCAACCGCGUUCGCUUUCCUUUUGUGUGCCUUUUUUGCUCAUCGAUUGAUGAAUUUGCAUUUGUCUAACAAUCAUUUAACAACACAAGACCCUGACGGGUCCUGAGCUGCAUUCUAAUGGUACCCGUGUACCCUAUUCUUCUUUAUUGGACGCUUUUUCGUGCGUCGAACAUAUAAUCCUAACACCUUUCCUUCUCUAACUACCCUAGAGAAAGUAUUACGGGAAAGGUAAUAAUCACAAUAAUAAACCAAAACAGGCGUAGAUGGCAGUCCCAUCAUCUCCGAUGUUGCUGGCCAUUUUUUGCCAUUGUUCUUGCAUGCAUAAAGAAAAAAAAAAAAAAACAAGUACAUAUGCAAUAAUUUGCAAGCCUAUUGUGAAACCAUGUAUGACUUGGUGGAUG